CUGGUCCACCUCAAAAAGAACCAGUUAUGGAGUAGCAGAUGUUGAAGGAAGCCUGAAAGAGCCCCAGGUGACUAUUCCACCAGCUAGGGCCGAAGGAGAGAUAACAGUGUCAGGACCUGCAAUCCAUGGUCCAAGUGUUGGACUUGAAAUUCCAAGUAGUUCUGGAAAAGAUAGCAUUAAGGGGAUAUCUAAAAUGCCUCAUUUUAAAAUUCCAAAGGUGUCAAUUUCUAAGAUUCCUAAAUCUGAAAUUAGUGAUCCCAAUUUGCAGGCUGAUGUUUUUCACCCUAUAACUGAAUCUAAUGUAAUAGCUGAAGGAAUACCAUUGAAAUUUUCAGGCCCUGAGAGCAGCGUGGACCUUCCUGAGUGUGGAGGAGAUUCAAGGGCCAAAAAUGUUAAUUUACCAAAAUUUUGGGUUCCUGAUUUGGGUUUUUCCAAAGUUGAUAUCAGUACCCCUAAAGUUUACCAGGAUGCAAACUUACUGAAAGAUGACGUCACUCUUACUAAGUAUCACAUGAGUAUUCAAGAACCCAAAGUGAUAUCUGGGUCUGCUGUUAGUGAUGUAAGCAUUCCAGAGACAGAUAUUAAAGUUGCAAUGACAGAAAGUUCCACUGAGCUGAAGAGUCCAGAAAUAGUUGCUAAAAUACCAUCAGCUGACAUUGCUCUAGAUAGAGGAGAAGUGAAGCUUGAAGGUUUCGAAGGGAAGACUAAAAUGCCUAAAUUCCAAAAAAUGAAGUUUGGAAUUUCACUGCCUAAGGGAGAAAUUCCAGAGAGUGAGAUCAGCUUACCCCAAAUGGAAGCUGACAUUCCCAAGCCAAAAGCAAUAGCUGAAGUUACUGAGAUUGCUAUUGAAACUUCAUCUUUAGAUAUUAAAUCUGAAGACUCUGAUGCAGGAACAGACGUGUCAGGCUUAAAAAUGCAACUGCCAUCACUCAAAAUGCCUCAAAUACCUAAAGCUGUCGGAGCACCAAAGGUGGACAUCAGCCUCCCAUCAGUUGAUGUUACCAUGCCAACAACAAAGGUAGACAUUCGAGGCCCAGAUUUAGAAAGUAAAGUGGUAAAGACUGAGAGUGAAAUAAAAUCUGGAGAAAAAGACAUUGAAGGGAAAGAAAGCAAAUUCAAAAUGCCAAAAUUCAAACUCCCAUCAUUUAGUUGGUCACCAAAGAAAGAAGCGGUUGUUACAUGUGAUACUGAAACAACCCUUGAGGAGCCUGCUUUGGCCUCUUCUUUAGGAGAAACAGAAGCUGAACUAACAUUAACUGUAGCUGAGGUUCAGUGCCCAAGUGUGGAUCUUGAAAGUGAUAUGCCUAUAGGAAAAGAUGGUGAGAAGGGCAAAACUAAAAAGUCUCAGUUCAACAUGCCAAAGAUAUCACUUCCUAAAAUGAAGGGUCACAAAGCACAGGUCUCUCUGCCAAAAUUGGAAAGUGAUGUUAGUGGUUCUAAACCAGAAAAUGAAGGAGAUGUUUCAGUGCAGAGAUCAGAGAAAGGAAGCAGUGGAGAUGGAGAAGGAAUAGCCAUAAAAAUACCAAAGGUUAAGAUCUCUACUUCAGAAUUUUCAAAACCAGAAAUCAAAGCUCCCAAAAUGGAUGUGGACGUUAGCUUACCUACGGUUGAUGUCACACUUCCUACAUAUGAUGUGACUAUUCAACAAGCUGACUUGAAAUUGAGGUCUGCUGGUGCUGAUGUCAGCCUGUCAGCCCCAGCUAUUAAGAUUCCAACAUCAGAAGGGUCCAUAGAGUUGCAAAGUCCAGAAACAGGAGUUGAAGGAAUAUCAGCUGGAAUUGCUGUGGAUGGAGCAGAGAUUAAAGUUGAAGGUCUUGAAGGGAAGAUUAAAAUGCCCAAAUUCCAAAAGCCAAAGUUUGGAAUUUCACAUCCUAAAGGGAAAGUGCCAGAGAGUGAGAUCAGCUUACCCAAAAUGGAAGCUGAUGUUCCCCAGCUAAAAGCGAUGACAGAUAUUGUUGACAUUGCUGUGGAAGCACCAACAGUAGAAGUUGAAUCUGUCAUCCCUAAUGCAGAAACAGAAUCUUCAGGCUGGAAAAUCAAAAUGCCCAAAAUACCUGAAGCUGAUAUUAAGACACCCAAAGUUGACAUUAACCUCCAAUCCAACGUUUCUGUUCCAGUGACAGAGAUUGGCAUUCAAGAUUCAAAUAUGGCAUCUAAAGCAACAAUGUUUGAGGGAGAAAUAAAACCUGGAGAUACAGAUAUGGAAGGGAAAGAAGGACAUUUCAAGUUGCCAAAAUUCAAAUUGCCAUCAUUUAGUUGGUCACCAAAAAAAGAAGCAAGCGUUAAAGCUGAUUUUGAAGCACCUCUGGAAGAGCCUAAAAUUACUGUAUCAUCAGGCAAAACAGACACAAAACUAGCAGAAACUGUAAAUGAGGAACAGGGUCCAAGCAUGGAUCUUGAUAUUGAAAUAUCUACAGGAAAAGAAGAACAAAAAAGCCAAAUUAAAAAGUCUCAAUUUAUCAUGCCUAAAAUUUCAUUCUCCAAAAUUAAGGUUCCUAAAUCUCAGGUGAAUCUGCCAAAAGUGGAAGCUGAUGUUACUGUUCCUAAAUCAGAAAGAGAUGGAGAAGACUUAGUGCAGAUACCUGAUAUAGAAAGCAGUCAUACCAAAAGCAUAGAAGAGGGAGCACAAAUAAGCAUAAAAAUGCCAAAAGUUCAGAUUCCUACUCUAGAAUUUUCCAAACCAGAAAUCAAAGUUCCCAAAUCAGACAUGGACAUUAGCCUACCUAAGGUUGAUGCCGCCUUUCCUACAUAUGAUGUGAGUCUUCAACAAGCUGACCUCAAAUUAGGGUCUGCUGGUGAUGAUGUCAGCGUGUCCCCGGGUAUUAAAGUUCCCACAGCAGAAGCUUCCAUUGAGCUGAAGGGUCCAGAAACAGGAAUUGAAGGACCAUUGAUGGUGGAAGGAGCGGAAGUGAAAGUUGAAGGUCUUGAAGGGAAGAUGAAAAUGCCUAAAUUCCAAAAGCCAAAGUUUGGAAUUUCACUUCCAAAAGGAAAAAGACCAGAAAGUGAGAUCAGCUUACCCAAAAUGGAAGCUGGAGUUCCCCAGCUUACAAUGACAACAGAUAUUGCUGACAUUGCUGUGGAAGCUCCAAUACUAGAAAUUAAAUCUGAUGUCUCUGAUGCAGAAAUAGAGGUUUCAGCUGGGAAAAUGAAAAUGCCUCAAGUUUCUAUCACUGACAUUAAAGCUUCAAAGAUGGAUGUUAGUCUCCCAUCAGUUUCUGUUUCAACCACAGAGGUGGCCAUUCAAAGCCCUGAGGUGGAGGAUAUGAAAGUGCACGGAGAACAUGAAAUGAAGUCUGGAGAAAUUCAGACUGAAGAACAUCAGGGCUGGUUUAAAAUGCCAAAAUUCAGAAUGCCAACAUUUGGUCGGUCAUCUUCUAAGGAAAAAAGAGGUGACACUGAUAGUGAAGGGAGCCUGAAAAAGCCUCAAGUAAGUGCUCCUUCUGCUGAAAUGCAAACUGAAAUAGAAGCUCCUGAAUAUGCAACAUCAUUGCCACAUGUGGACACUGAAUCUGCUGCUGGAAAGGAUGUUUUGGAAGGUAAAAUCAGAUCUGCUAAAGCAGAGAUUCCAAAAGUGGGAGUUUCUCUCCACAAAGGUAAAAGUUCUGAUGUUACCUCAUCAAAGUUUGAAGCAGAAGUUUCACGACCUCCAGAAAAAGCAGUUAUUAAAGUGAGCAUUCCUGAAACCGAAACUUAUGCUGAUGUAGUUAAACGCGGUGCUGAAGGACAACAAUUGAAAACACACACUCCAAAAGUCAUGAUACCUCAGGCAGAACUCUCUACAUCAGAAAUUAGUGCUUCAAAAACUGGGAUGGACAUCAGCUUACCAGAAGCUGACAUUACACUCCCUAAAUGUGAUCUGACCCUUCAAGAACAAAAAGCCAAAUCAGAGUGUGCAGAGAUUCCAACAGCAGAACAUUCCAUUGAGCUGAAAAGUCCAGAAAUAGGAACCAAAGCACCAUCUGUUGAAAUUGCUUUGGAUGGAACACAGAAGAAAUUAGAUGUCCUCCCAAAAGUAGAGCUGGACAUUCUACACGCCGGUGCAGGAGUUAAAACUGAAAAGCUAGGGAGUGUAAUAAAAUCGACAGGAAAGGAUGUUCAAGGAAGAGAAAGUAAAUUAAAAAUGCCAAAAUUCAGUGUACCCUCAUUUGGAUGGCCUGCCACAAAGGGAACAGGAGAUGUUGCUGAUGUUAAAACCAACCUUGAAGAGACCAAGAUAGGUGCUCCGGGAAUUAAAAUGGAUACUGAAAUAAGUGUUGUAGACCAUGAAAUAGAGUUUCCAGCUGAAAGUGUUGAAAAGGAUAUUUCUGCAGGAGUCAGAGUGAAAGUGGAAGAUGGAGAUGAAGCAAGCAAAAUGAAAACAUCUAAAUUUAAGAUGCCAAAGUUUGGAGUGUUACAUUCAAAAGCAAAGGGUUCUGAAGUUGAUGUCUUUCUCCCAAAGUUAGAGGCUGAUGUUUCACUGCCUAAAACUGAACUAGGCAUAGUAGAAAUCCAGUUUAAAAAAGCAGAUGGCUCCAUUGACCUGCAAAGUCCAAGUUCAGACCUUAUGGAAUCAUCAGCCAGGAUUUCAAAGGACAAGCCAGACAAACAAAGUGAAAGUGUAGAGGUAAAUAUUAAAAUUCCCAAGUUAAAAAUACCAGCAUUCACUUACAAUGCACCCACAGUUGAAACUGACGUUUCAACAUCAAAAGUGGCAACAGACUUAAAAGGUGCUGGUACUGACAUUGAAACACCAAAACUGGAAGUAAGCACUAGGAUCCCUAAAGAAAAACCAGAGUUUGCAGGUGGUAAUUUCCAAACGCCAUCAGUCAAAAUUCCAACAUUGGCUGAAUGUGACAUUAAAACCCCACAGGUAUACGUUAAGGUCUCAGACUCUUCGGUUUCAAAAGCAGCACUACAGAUUCAGGGACCACUUGCAGAGAGUAAAGAAAUAAAGACACAAGGUGAAGUUGAAUCUGGACAUGUUGAUAUCGAAACGCAUGAGACUUAUUCCUCUCAGAUAGUGAAAGAAUCUGAGAUUCCUUCAUCAGAAAUUAAAACUGCUAGUUUUGGAUUUUCACUUCUCAAAGUGAAGAUACCUGAGUCACAUGUUAAACUAGACAUGCCAGUCAAACUGCAGUCUUAUACAGAAUAUAAACAUGAGGUGUCUGAGAGUGAAGUUCACCAACCUAAACUUUCUGAUGAAAAUUUAGGGGUAGCAAUACAAAAGACUGGCACUGCUGAGUUUAAAUUAUCUGGUAAACCACAAAGUGAAACUGAUGAAUCUAAUGAUGUCGUAUCUUCCAGUGUGAGUUUGCCAAAAUUGAAAACAUUUACAGUUGAAGUACAGCCUUCCAGUAAACUUGGAGACACUCAAUCUGAUAAGCAACCAGAGGAAAUAGCUGUAUCUCCUCUUUCUAAAGAUGAUGAAAUAGCUAAAAUACCAGAAGAUGAAGAAAAAGAUAUGAAGGAUCAAAAAGAAAAAACUGACAGUAAAAGAUCUGGCAGAUUCAAAUUUUGGCUUCCAAGUAUUGGGUUUUCUUCCUCUGUUGAUGACACAGGCUCAGAUUCCAAACCUGAAGUCCAAAAAUCAAUUCCUGAAGAAACCCAGCCUGUUGACUCUUCUGUGUCAGAUACUGACUCUUCUAAACAAACUGAAAAAAGUGGAUGGUUUAGAUUUCCCAAAUUAGGCUUCUCAUCCCCAUCAAAAAAGGCUACGAACGUUGACAAAGAAGAAGAGACAAAUCUAAAAGAAAUGAAAACUUCAGAUGAUGAAAGUCCAUCAGAGAAACCUGAAACAUUUUUUGAUGCAGAGGAAAGCUUAUCACCUAAAGAAGAAACAAUUAAGGGUGAAGAAAAUGAAACCACAGGGACCUCAUCUAAUGUCCAAGUUUCUGGUGCUAUAGUUACAUCAUCAGCAAGAACUGAAUUAAUUUUGUUGGAGAGGGAAAGAGCUAGUCAGCAAAGUAUUCUUGAAAAGACCACCAAAUGAGGUUUUUUUUCUGAUCUAAAUGUAUAUGGAAAGUCUGAAUGUAGAACAAACUAAGAGAAAAACAUAUGCAGAAAAAUGCUGUCUUUCCAAAGAGUUUUCCAGAAGAAAUGAAAGUGGAACAGAACUUAAAACUGAUAUUUAUGAAAACAGUCUAUGGAUCAUUCUUCACUACACUGGCAUUUGCAAGCACAUGAACAUACUGUAGGUCCUAAUGAAACAUUUGUUUCAUGAGAUGUAGCCAAGAAGAAACACACAACUACUGAUGAAAAGGAGGCAUUCAUACUUUUAACAAAGUCUGAUAAAAUUCUCCUAACCAUGCAAAAUAAAGUGUUGAAUGGAGCAUAGAUAGUGAAAAGAUUUUAUUAAAUAUAAUUCUCUAAAACAUGCCAAUUGUGUUUAGUUAUAGAUUAUUUGCAGAAAGGAGUAUAAAGCUAGUGCUAUGAGGACUAGAAAUAUACAUAACUGUUUAGAUUUUAUUUUAUUAAAUAUAUUUCUGCCUUGAUGUUGCUUUCUUAUGAAAAAUAUAUUUUCUUUAUCUUAGAUAGAGCAAUAUUUGUAUUCCAUGAUCAUUUUAAAAUGUAGAACAAACAGAAAUAAUACUGUAGAUAUGACAAUCCUUUCCCCCCCCCCAGUUAGUAGAGUGGAUAAUAUUUAGCCUUAAAAAAAAAUAAAAACUUCAGGAAAUGCUCCAGAUUCCUGAAAAAUAUAUACUGCUGAUUCACAUAUUCAAAAUACAAAAAUAAAAUAUGGCAACUGAGAAGAAGAAUAAGAAAAAAUUGGGGUAAGAAAGUUUAUUAUGUAAAUAUUUAUCAGAAUAGUUAAUGCAUAGAAUGGGGCAUAUGUGAGGAAUCACUGGAAAGGUUUUUCCGGAGAAAUAAGAUGUAAAUAGUUAUUUACCUUUUGUUUAUAUCAAUGCUUCUCUUAAGUACACGACCAAAAUGAUAGUACCAUAUAUGUUAGCCAUCACUGUACAUGUAUUACUAGAAUGUUGAAUGUAUUCUCAAUUCACAGUACAGUCACUGUAUUGAUAAUAAAUGCAGUAACAUUA